CCACUGCAGUUAGUAAAGACAGUCCCAUCCUGCCAGAGGUAGCCAGGUCACCUACAACAUGGGCCCCCGUUUCCUCCUGGCUUUGUUCCUUGUCCUUCUGGUGUUGGGCUAUGAAGUCCAGGGGGCCCAGCAAGAUGAAGCAGGCAGUCCAGCACUACUGGAGUCCUUCUCUAGUUACUGGGUCUCAGCCAAAGCAGUCGCCCAGGACCUGUACAAGAAAACAUACCUGCGUGAUAUGGAUGAGAAACUCAGGGACAUGUACAGCAAAAGCUCGGCUGCCAUGAGCACUUACGCAGGCAUUUUUACGGACCAGAUACUUAGUCUCCUUAAGGGUGACUAGAGCCGGAACAGACCCAGUGGUGGAGGGAGAACCCAGGCACUAAUCCCCCUUGCUCACCUUCCUUGACUCCGAUGGUAUUGUGUUCCUGUACCAGCAGCCCUGUCUUCCUGCUCCUCACCCUAGCCUAAAUUCUUUCAGUGAAGGAAUAAAUAAAUAAACCAAGUUCAUUGUC